AUGGAUAACAAAUCUACUGUGAAUUUAACUUUAAACAGUUCUGUUGAAAAUGUCACACAUCAGACCAAGGGAAGGUUGAGGGAUGGAUAUGAUUUAGAUGUUUAUGGAUUGGAUACAGGGUGGUUUCUUUUUAUCCACAUACCUGCUCUAUGCUGUAUCUUUCUCAGUCUCAUAAGUGCUUCCGCUGUGAUCAUCGCGUCUUUUCGAAACCAGACGCGUUCAUUCUUUACAUGGAUGCGAAGCGAACGUUUUGUUGUUUACUUGUCUUCGUGCGACGCUCUUUUCAAUGUGACACAUAGUAUGGACCAUCUCCAAAUGGUCAUCACAAAAGAGCACGUGUAUCCUGUACAGUUGUGCGAGUUUUAUUCCUUUUUCAUCGGAGAAUUUGUGUCUGCACAGCUUCUAAUGACCAAUGUUGCAGCGAUCAAUGCGUUUGGACUUAUUUAUUUACAGAAACAGUUUAAACUUGGACGAUACGACUGGAAGCUCCUUCUGUACACCUUCGGUGUUCCUUUUGUGAUGUCAAUGUGUGCCGUGAAUUUGGGAUAUUAUGGACCCUCGGGAUCUUACUGCUACUUUGAUGGUGUAAAAGGAGCACUAGCCAGCGUUUUCUUUAUAACUGCGCCGAUGACAGUCAUCCUGGUCAUAAAUGUGGUUCUCUACAUCUUAACAUGGUGGAAGAUUUACACCGAAUCCAAGCAGAUUAAAACCAUGCUUGGAAGCGAAGCCCAAACCCUUCGUGCGUCUCAUAGUGCAGCUAAAUUAAUGAGUCUCUUUGUGACCGCUUUUUUCAUCCAGUGGUGGGCGCUCGGGAUCAUCAGUGUGUGGCAGAAUUUCGCUGUGGUGCCACAGGAAUUCUUUACCGUUGUUGUCAUGUUUACGAACCUCGGCGGGGUGUUGAAUGGAGCUGUGUACAUUAUCAUCAAGAAAAGAAGGAACCGGAACUACAGCAAUAAAACUCUGAAAAGUUCCAGUCAGACAUCCCAAGAUUCCGGAGUAGGGAAUAGUAACACUAACGUUUCAAUUGUAGAUACCAGUAUGUAG